GAGCAGUGGAGCUAAGAUCUUAAAUCAGCAGAUCUCUACCCCGGUAGGCAUGGAGCUUGAAAGCGUUAACGCUGUUUUAAGCGCCAAGCUCCCUGGAUACUUACCUAAGGGACCUAACUAUCUAGGGAUCAACAAUUUUAGAGGGCUUUCACUUCGUAGCGAUACGAUGAUAAACAACUUCGAGGCACGUUUUUUUUGUUUUUUUUUGUUUUGCGGGGUGAAUGAGUGAAGCCAAGUGAUACAAUUAUUAGUGACGAAGUACUAACUAUGUAAUACACUAAUUGGUAGCUAGUCCACGAUGACCUCCGCAUUUUACGGACCGACCACCUAACAAUCCUUUCAAAGAAACACUCUACCACAAUGCUUCCUUCUCAACAUUGACCUUUUUUACACUUUCACAAAACAUAAUACUAGGCCUAGGUAUCAUAGCACCAACAUGAACUCUUAUGCUAUUUAAAGUACAUACCUAACAUCAACCUCCCUUAAGAUGCCGAUCCGUGUCAAGUCGCGUCACUUGCCUACGCCGGAUCGAGCUUUAUCACCCGUUUCUUACCGGGUUGAUACCGAUCUCCCUGACAUCGCCCAUGAUGAUGCUUUCCGCGACGUUGUCAAGAAGCUAUCUUCGUAUAUUGCUGAAGUUGUCUAUAGGCCAAGCACCUUUGAGCAACUCAGGACUACAUCUGCGGGAGACGAUCUUCGGUCUCUAGUUGAACAUCUCACUAUCCGCGUCACCAAUCCCGCAAUUGUGAAUGCUUUACUGGCAUUGAGGUGGCAUUACGGUGCGAUCAAUGAUAGUCGAGGGGUGAGUGAGGCCCGGGCGAAUGCCUGCGAAAUCGUUGCUUGGCGAUUCUUGACUCGUCUGUCAGAGCGUGAAGUUGUAGAGUUUUGUCUAUAUGAGAUUCCCGAUGAGUGUGAAAGAGUUAGCACCCCUACCGACGAUAGUGGGGAAAAUAACGAAGUAACUGCUUUGCUAGGAAAUGCAUCUGGACGCUCCUCCUCGCCAGAUCGUUUCUCAGAUUACAAUCGCUCUGGUUCUUCCAGGAGAAACAAGCUGUUUCAAUCGAUAUCCAGACUGACCAUGAGUCGACAAGCGACCGAGGUUGAGGAGACAGAAGGCCCAGAAGAUGAUCCUACCGCAUCUUUCACACAACUCAAUGCCCUGGAGAUUGCUGCUAUUGCCGAUGCCAAGAGGUUUCUGAGCCAGCAUGUAGUGCAGAAGAUUAUCACCGGCAUCUGGAACGGCGAUAUCAUCUUUUGGGACAGUCUCUCAGUUAACUCAGAGAAGAAGCCUAGGUUCUACAACCCGAUCACGGCGGAUCCUUACUCCCGCCUUCGAGUACCAAAAUACCUUAAAGUCUAUGAGGUUGUAUUUUUCAUUGGCUUCUUGGGGCUAUACUACAGUGUCUUGAUUGAACAGAAUCGUUAUGCCAUCACUCCUCUAGAGAUAAUGCUUUACAUCUGGUUUGCAGCUUUCUUCUAUGACGAGGUCAGCGAGUAUUUAGAUGCCGGUUCGGUCUUUUAUGCUGCUGACAUUUGGAACCUUUUUGAUAUGAUCAUGAUCGCCAUUGGAAUUAUCUUUGCAGUCUUAAGAUUCGUUGGCUUAUACAAGGAGGAUUAUACUCUUGUGGAUAUAGGAUUUGACGUCUUGUCCCUCGAGGCACUCUUCAUGGUUCCCCGCGUUUGCUCAGUGCUUAGUUUAUCACCGUACUGGGGCACACUAAUCCCGUGUCUCAAAGAGAUGGGGAAGGACUUCCUUAAGUUUAUGGUACUGGUCAUCAUUGUAUAUGUUGGAUUUUUGACCACGUUCUCUCUCGUCGGGCGAGAAGUCUUCUCUUUCCCACAUAUGGCUAUGAUUGUUACCAAGAUCUUUUUUGGAUCUAGUUAUGUUGGAUUUGAGGUCAUGAGAGAGAUUGACCCAGUCUUUGGACCUCCCCUUAUGAUCAUAUUCGUCACGUUAAGCUCGAUAUUGCUCAUGGGUUCCUUAACUGGUAUGCUGAGUAAUAGUUUCUCACGUGUAAUCACACAUGCUCGCGAAGAAUAUCUUUACGUCUAUAGCGUAUAUGUGCUUGAAGCAUCGACCAGCAAUCGGCUCACACACUUCUAUCCACCGUUCAAUCUUAUCGCAUUUGCCAUCUUCAGGCCACUGCGACUAUUCUUACCUUCUGACGACACAACAAUCCGACAGGGGCGCAUCGUACUUCUGAGGGCAACCCAUGCUCCAAUUGUUGGCAUCAUUCAGGCCUACGAAUGGCUCACCAACAAGGUCAACCCGGAUGGUUUCGACAGUUUCCGGGGCCCACGUAGUAAUUCUUUCAAGCGCCAGCCAGCGCCACCCCCUGACAGCAGGCCACGGUCGGGUCAUCGGCCACGCAUGCCGUCACGGCUUGCAAGCGCUGAACUUGUGGGAAAACUGAAAUCUCGGCAACAGGCCCCCGAGGACUAUGCUGGAGAUGAGCCUACUGAUGUUCAAGUACAGAUCUCGGAGUUGACGGCCAAGAUCGAUCGGCUUACUAACUUAGUGGUGGCCUUGCAGUCUGGUGCUGGCAUUGAUACUAUCCGUACAUGAUGUAACGCGAGUGCAUUUGGCUGUGAAAGAAUAGGGUGAUUGCCCAUAAUACUGUAAUGGAGUAGAUAAUUUGGCCGUCAAAUGUUGAGACAAAAUUAGUAACCCCUUAACGCUACCUACUAGGUGCAGUACAGUGUCAGUACUAGGACCAUACCUAGGAUGUAGUAGAAUAAGGAGAUGCUGAAUAAUCGUAUAGGGCUUCUUGUUGCCCUAUCUAAUGCAUCUAAUGCUCCAAUUAGUGGGGCCUUACGCCCU